AUGUCGCACGACCUAACCAUCCUGGACAAGGGCCUUGCCCGAUUUCUAGAAAACGAUCUCAUUUUGGUGUUCCAUGCUGGAAUCAGUCUUGACGAGUUUCAAAAUGCGGCGAGUGGCCUCCUCUCAAAUUUGCCUGUACUGGGGGCAAAAUUGAAUUUUUUGCGAACCAAGAUAGAACCUUCACGCAACGAGCAUAGUUUAUCAGAAUUCUGGCAGGGCACAGAACUCGAUCUCCAUGUUGAUGAUGUCCUGAAAACACCGUGGAUCAACGGUGCCGUGAAAAGUGUCGAGCUUUCCCACGUGAAAAAUUUCCUGGACUCGAAAUUGAAUAUUAUUAAAUUACUGCACCAGUGCGUCGUUACUAUCCAAACCGUGGUGUUUAUUGAUGGAAUUAUUUUGCGCUUCAAAGUGCAGGGUCCAUUUGGAGAUGCGAAUGCCGUGCUUCAAAUAGCACGAGCAUAUUGCUCGAUACUAGAUGGCUAUCUACCGACAAUGGUGUCUAGCUUUCGACCACCGCUCAAACUGAAGGAUGCCCUGGUCGAGAAGGCAUCCGAGCAGUCGAGAUACGUCAAUGACAGCCCAAUUGCACAAUUGCACGCUGAAUCAUUCAGAAUUGGCUGGUUGCCCUUUCUACGACGUGCUUUCCGCGCUCUCAGGCAUAAAUUGGAAGAUAAAGCUCGCCACACUUUACGACGAAUCAACAUGACCCUUCACAUACCCCAAGCAGCAAUCAACACCUGGAAUAACGAGGCUGGAAAGCGUGGCAUCCAGGUCACAGAGCAUGACCUCGUCCUAGCCUUUCUUUACCAGCAAGCCUCAACUGAUCCAACCGACCCAUCCACAUUUAGCAUCGUCAUGAACAUCCAGCGUCACCUGGAAACCGAAGCAGCAUUCGGAAACCCCUGGUUCUUGAUACCAGUGCAAUCACGACAAUUCAACGGCCUGCGAUCUCAAAACGACACCACCGCUUUGGUGGAUAGGGCGGUGCAUAUUCGCCAAACUAUUAAUAGUGCCCGAGCACCGCUAUGUCCUUACCAAAUUAUGGAGCAACAUUCUCCAAUGAAAAACCGCCCUUUUGUUUGUCGGAAAUUUGCUUCGAAAUCCACACAGCUUGUCGUUGCUUCUUGGGCCAAGCAGCCUAUUAUUGAUCUCCGGGUUCAGGGGAGCAAUCCGGUCCUUGCGGAUGUCAGUGUAAAUUUCUGUGGGGUACUUAAACGCCUUGGUUUCCUUGUAAAUGAUUUGGUGCUUCUGUGGAAAGGGGACAGACAUGAGGAUGGUUACUGGGUCCAGGGAUAUCUGUCUAGCAAUUUAUGGGAGAGACUGACGAACUCCUUGGCAGAGUUUGUGUAA